CGGUUCCACGUGUGGCUAUGCUGCGCGUUGUUUUUCAGCUGAUUGCCUGACACCCACACUCCCAUAUUGCAAUGAACUGGGCGUAUCGGCCGAGCACCGGAAUCCGACUUUAUUAACUUCAUAUGGUGUCGCUCGCCAACUCCGAUCAGCUAGAAGCGUCGUCGCACAGGUUCAGCAUCGAAAUACGACUUCGCGAAUCUCCUGGGCCUCCGGCGUCGGUUUUAACCUCGAUCUUUCUGAAAAAGGUCCGCGUCAUGAGUGGCGCAGGAGGUGGCGGCGGCGGAGGCGCGCCCCCAACGGGUCUGCGUCCUCCGAGCAAGCUGCGUCGUCCGACUACGCUGACCUCGGGCCCCGGGCCGGCGCCCCCGGGGUCUUCGGCCAGGCCCUCUCCGCUGGGUAGCGGAGGAUCCGGGGCCAGGACUCCGCUGUCGGCGGCCUCGUCCCUGUCGGCACUCAACGACAAGUCCGAAACGGGCGGCCCGUUCAACAAUGGCUCGGCGGAUGACUUCAUCAUCGGCGACCGGGUGUGGGUGAACGGCACCAAGCCGGGCUACAUCCAGUUCCUGGGCGAGACGCAGUUCUCGUCGGGCGACUGGGCGGGUGUCGUGCUCGACGAGCCCGUGGGCAAGAACGACGGCUCGGUCAACGGCGUCCGCUACUUCCAGUGUGAGCCGAGGAGGGGCGUCUUUGCGCGCCCUGAGCGGCUCUCCCGCUUCCCGGGGCCGGGCGCCAACGGCACCAACACCACGGCGACCCUGGUUGCCCCCGGAAAGACACAGGUGACCACGACGCGCGUGAGCUCUCCGACGGGCAGCACAAGGUCGUCGCCCCGGGCGGUGACGAUGCACACGUCGACCACCAUGACGGACUGCGGCCUGCGCGUGGGGGACCGGGUCAUUGUGAACGCCUCGUCGGGCAUGAAGGCCGGCACCCUGCGCUUCAUGGGCCCCACCGAGUUCGCCACGGGCCAGUGGGCGGGUGUGGAGCUGGACGAGCCCGUGGGCAAGAACGAUGGCUCAGUCGCCGGCAAAAAGUACUUCCGGUGCCCGGCGCGGCACGGCCUGUUUGCGCCGCUGCACAAGGUGGCCCGCGAGGGCGGCCACACGUCGACGACGACGACCACCACGACGCGCACGACCCGCAUCACGUCGCAGCCGAGGCGUGCAGGUAGCCAAGAGUCCCUCCACAGCUCCCUGAGCUCGGCCUCCGCCAGAGCCGGGGUAAGGCUGGGAGUCGCUGCACUAACCUCCCCCGCCAAGAAGUCUACUAGACCGCUUGCUUCAGCCAUGGUAGCGUCGCAAAACUCUUUGCAGGUGGCUCUGAAGGAAAAAGAAGAGCACAUUGAGCAGCUUCUCAAGGAGCACGACCUUGAGAGGGCGGAGGUCGCCAGGGCUGCCGUCCAGGUCGAAGAGGUCGAGCAGAAGAUGGCGGCGCUGCGGGCAGAGCACCAGCGCUACGUCGAAGAGACAGAGCAGAGGGCUGCGUCUCUCCAUCAACUUUUGGAGGAGCACGAGCAGGAGCGAGCACAGCUCACGGCACUCAACUCUGACCUCCAAAGGAAGUUGGAAGACUUGCAGUUCCGAAUAGAGGAGCAAGAAAUCCUGCACUCCGACAACGAUACCGCAGCAAAGGCGGAAUGCCAGAAGAUAUCUGACCUCGAGCGCCAAGUCCGGGAGUACAGGGAAAAGCUGGAGGCUGCCAAGUCUGAGUCGGACCAGGACCACAGUACGGGGGAGCUGAUUGCCCAGUACAAGGAUGAAACGCAAAAGCUCAAGGAUGCGCUUGCAAGCUCCCAAGCCAGGGUCGCUGCUCUCGAAGCCAAGCAGGCCGAGGACCAGGGCACGGUGUCCAAGCUGCGAGAGGAGCUGCUCGCCCGGGACGAGACUCUGCUCCGCCUGGAGGCGUCGCUGGAGCAGCGAGCCAAGGAGCUGCUCGUGCUCCGGGACAGGGCCUUUGAGCUGGAGGAGGGCAUGGCGGCUGCCAAGGCGAGAGAAGAGUCGCAGCAACAGGCUGUCGAAGACCUGAAUGCCAGGCUGGCCCAGGUGCAGACAGACUACGACUUCUUGAGCGAGGAGUCUCGAAUCAUCAAGAGCGAAGCGGCAGACCAGCAGCGCCAGCUGACUUCGGCGGAGGAGCAGUGUGCCCAGCUUCAGGGCCAGAAGCGAGGCCUUGAAGAAGAGCUGGCGACCCUGAGGCUUACUGCCAGUGGGGGUUCGCAGCAGGUGGCCCAGCUCAAUGCCCACCUCCAGGAGAGGGAAAGGCAGGUGGAGUCCCUGGAGUCCCAGGUGCGCACGCUGUCCCAGGAGUGCGAGAGGGCCAGGCAGGAAGCGGCACAUGAGGCGGAGCGACUGCAGGCCGCGGCGGAGCGUGCCACUUCCGACCACGGCCGGCAGGUGGCGGCGCUCGAGCAGAGGCUCGCGGACCUGGAGUCUAAGCUGGAGGAGCGCAUGUCACGCUGCCGCACCCUGGAGCAGACUGCGAGCGACCUCAGGGGGGAACUGGAGCAGCAAGGGGGAGCACUCGCCGACAAGCUGGCAGCCGCCGAGAGGCGCGCCGAACAGCUGGCCGCCCAGCUUCAGCAGGCGAAGGAGGAGGCCCUGGAAGAGCGGCGCCUGCGGGAGCGGGACCGGGACGACCUCUCGGCGCAGACCUCGGACCGGGAGUCGCAGCUGGCCUCGGCCCAGGGGGAGCUGGAGCGGUUGAGGGCAGAGUUCUCGGCCCAUCGGGAGGACCUUGCCAGGCAGCUCAGGGAGAACCAGGAGGAGACCUUGGCCGUCAACCGGAUGCACGACCAGAUGAAGAACCAGCUGGGGAUGGUGGACGACCUGCGACGACUCCUGGCCGAGGCCGAGGGCGCAAAGAGCGACCUGUCCGCGCGUGUCUCCCAGCUCCAAGCCGAGUUGGCAUCUGCGACCGCCCAGGCCAUCGAUCGAAAGGCUGACAGCAACAACGAAGCGGAAGUGAAAGCUCUCAAGGCUCGGAUAGAGGAGCUGCAAAACAGGCAACGGCAACUGGGCAGCACGGAGGAGGAGCUCAGGGCGGAACUGGAGCGGACCCGGGGGAGGGCCGAGGAGGACAAGCGCAAGCUCGGCCUGCUCGCCAAGGAGAUGGAGCAGCUGGAGCGAGAGCUGGAGCGCAGUCGGCUCGGGCGGAGCGUGGUGGAGUCCCUGGAGGCGGACAAGCGCCAGCUGGAGUCGAAGCUCGCCGAGCUCAGGGCCUCGGCGCCAGUCAGUGCCAACGGGAAGUCUGCCCUGGCCAGCUCCCUGGGAGGCAGCAGCGGCGGCGAUGGAGACCACGAGGCCGUCAAAGAGGAGAGGGACAGCCUCCAAAUGCAGGUGGAGUUCCUGAACUCGAUCAUCGUCGACAUGCAACGCAAGAACGAUGAGCUGAAGUCGCAAGUGGAGAUCCUCAAGGCAGGGCCUACGUUGGACGACGUCGACAUAAACCUCAACGGCAUCAAGGGCAUGUCGGCGCCGCGCCUCUUCUGCGACAUCUGCGACCGCUUCGACGUGCACGACACGGCCGACUGUCCCGUCCAGUGCAGCAUCGAGGAGGAGAUGUCGUCGCACAGCCACCACAGCGUGGCCCGCCACUCGAGCCGACCGUACUGCAACGUCUGCGAGGUGUUUGGACACACGAGCGCCGAGUGCGACCCCAGCGAGACGUUCUGAAGAAGACGCGUCACCCCACGAGGCCAUCUGCCCGGUGGCAGGGCCUCGUCACCGACCGAGCGAAACUGCAACCUCUCCACGUUUCGUUUUCACGAAGCGAGGCACGUCAAAACAGCGAAGAGGGACGUUCGCCCCUUGAUCAAGUUCUGCAGAGACGAACUACUCGUUCCACCCCGACCGUACAACGAAAUUUGAUCAUCGCAUUAGCGAAGGUGCGCGACGGACCUCCGCCAAAGACCGUUGCGAAGUGUCCGGAUUAUUUUUUUUAAUCCGUCCUCGUGGGUUUGGCGCACAGGCGCUCGCCCUUCUCGCGACAGCGGGAAAGAAGGUUGUUGACAUCGAAUUAGAAACGAUAUCCGAGCGGUGUUGUUCAAGUACCGGAGAUAUUUAUUGCAGUUGGCUGCUUUGGCGCAAGAGUAGAAUGAGUUGCCGCGGUUCCAGAUCGAGCCGACAUAAUGAAGUGGUGCUUGCUUCGAAGCAGCUUCCGGCCCUUGUGAGAGGAUCCAGAACACUCUUGCAGCGACAGCUUCCAGUGCCUUUCUCGUUCUUGUUGCACAAAUCGUGUUUCGCGUUCCGGGGUUACCCGUUGUUAGCCGCUCUGUUUCUUUUAGCCGUCAUAUGUAUACUCAAUAUCGGGCUGCUUAGGCUGUUAAUCGAUUUUUGGCUCUAUUGCCAUACUCUUCGCUUUGGAACAGCACUUGGCGUCUGUUCCCGGGUCUCGCAGUUACUCGAUAAUAUAAAAUUAUUUGGCCACUGCGUUGCGCACUUGCACGUAGCAUGUUUUAGAGCGACAUAUUUGUUAUUUAUAGUACAACAUCUUCAAAAAAUUUAAGAUUGCAAUGCACAAGUAACACGCACAAAUUGUGUCAUUUUUGUUUUUUAUCGGUGGCAUCGAUUAUUGCAUUUAUGUUGGAACUGUUCCUCAUUAUUAGUAUUCCAAUUAUAAACUAUGGCUUGUGUUCACAUACGAAAAUCGAAACAGUUGUGGCACGAAUUUCUGAUGAUAUUUCGCUGUUGGAGCGAUACUGCACCAAAUUUUUCGUGGUUUUAGACUUAUUCUUUUAGCACUUCAUAAGUUGUAUUUGUUUACAGAUUACGACAAAUCAUAUCAGGAGUUUGGUAAAUACUGUAAUUUAUUUGGGAUUUUCGAGUGUAAAAUAAAGGUGUACCUUUGAUAUUGCA